AUGUCGGAACAAGAUUUGGCAGAGAUAGUGCAGAUAGCAGUGGAGGACUUGGGCCAGGGCGACCAGACUGGUAAGAUCUAUAUUACAGACCACAAAGCUCUGUUCAAUCACCAUAACUAGGGCCAUGUGACCUGACAAGGAAAACCACGAGGGGGAAAUUGCUGGCUCUAUAUAAAUGUCAGGCUAAUACUUCCAAAAAUGUCUCUAUACAUCCAUUUGCCUGUAUUGUAAAGGAAAGGUCACCACUGACUGACUAUCCAUUGGCUAAUGGUGAAGCUUUACUUCUGGCUUUAGAUGUUUUAUCUUGAUGGUUAGCUACUACCCAUGUGGGUAGAUUAGCAACAGUCAUCGAAAUUGUUAAAAGGUUUUAAAAAUAUUUCAAAUAAAUGCACAAUGGAUGAAGAUACGCCAAACUUUUUACAAUCUAUCAGAUAUCGACUGAAUUAUAGCAUAUAAAAAUUUUUCUGGCAUGGACAAAUAAUGGAGUUCAGGGAUUUUGGUGGGAAUUUGGGUGUUAAAUUUGUUAAAUUAACUUUUGUAGAAUGCGCUCAUAUAUACAUUUUGUUAUUGUAUCAUUAUUUGUAUUAUUUGUUAAAAUAAUGUAAAAAUAUAUGUGCCUCAUUUGCAUAAAUACACCAGGGGCCUCAUUUAUAACCGUUGCAUACAUUUUACACUAAAUAUCUGCGUGCGCUAUUUCUGAAAAGACUGUGCACACACACAAAUAUUGAGAUUUAUAAACUUGGCACAUGCCAUACAUACUCAUGUUUCCCGUUAUAAAACACCUGAAUGAAAAACUGUGCACGCGUAAACAAGCAUUAUACAGUGCAUUCGGUAAGUAUUCAGACCGCUUGACUUUUUAGACAUUUUGUUACGUUACAGCCUUAUUCUAAAAUUGAUUCAAUUGUUUUUUUACCUCAUCAAUCUACACCCAAUACCCCAUAAUGACAAAUCAAAACAGGUUUUUAGAAAUGUUUGCAAAUCUAUUGAAAAAAAAAUAACCGGAAACAUCACAUUUACAUAAGUAUUCAGACCCUUUACUCAGUACAUUGUUGAAGCACAUUUGGCAGCGAUUACAGCGUUGCGUCUUCUGGGGUAUAACGCUACAAGCGUUGGCACAAUAUUUGGGGAGUUUCUCCCAUUCUUCUCUGCAGAUCCUCUCAAGCUCUGUCAGGUCACUGCACAGCUAUUUUCAGGUCUCUAGAGAUGUUUGAUCGGGUUCAAGUCCGGGCUCUGGCUGGGCCACUCAAGGACAUUCAGAGACUUGUCCCGAAGCCACUCCUGCGUUGUCUUGGCUGUGUGCUUAGGGUCAUUGUCCUGUUGGAAGGUGAACCUUAGCCCCAGUCUAAGGUCCUGAGUGCUCUGGAGCAGGUUUUCAUCAAUGUUCUCUCUGUACUUUGCUCCAUUUAUCUUUCCCUCGAUCCUUACUAGUCUCCCAGUCCCUGCCGCUGAAAAACAUCCCCACAGCAUGAUGCUGCCACCAUCAUGCUUCACCGUAUGGAUAGUGCCAGGUUUCCUCCAGACGUGACGCUUGGCAUUCAGGCCAAAGAGUUUGAUCUUGGUUUCAUGAGACCAGAGAAUGUUGUUUCUCAUGGUCUGAGAGUCCUUUAGGUGCCUUUUGGCAAACUCCAAAUGGGCUGUCAUGUGCCUUUUACUGAGUAGUGGCUUCUGUCUGGCCACUCUACCAUAAAGGCCUAAUUGCCCAUCUCCACAGAGGAACUCUGGAUCUCUGUCAGAGUGACCAUCAGGUCCUUGGUCACCUCCCUGACCAAGACCCUUCUCCCCUGAUUGCUCAGUUUGGCCAGGCGGCCAGCUCUAGGAAGAGUCUUGGUAGUUCCAAACUUCUUCCAUUUAAGAAUGAUGGAGGCCACUGUGUUCUUGGGGACCUUCAAUGCUGCAGAUAUGUUUUGGUAUCCUUCCCCAGAGCUGUGCCCUGACACAAUCCUGUCUCGGAGCUCUAUGGACAAUUCCUUCGACCUCAUGGCUUGGUUUUUGCUCUGACAUGCACUGUCAACUGUGGGAGCUUAUAUAGACAGGUGUGUGCCUUUCCAAAUCAUGUCCAAUCAAUUGGAUUUACCACAGGUGGACUCCAAUCAAGUUGUAGAAACAUCUCAAGGAUGAUCAAUGGAAACAGGAUGCACCUGAGCUCAAUUUUGAGUCUCAUAACAAAGUGUCUGAAUACUUAUGUAAAUAAGGUAUUUCAGUUUUUUUAUUUCUAAUAAAUGUGCAUAAAUUACAAAAAGCCUGUUUUCGCAUUGUCAUUUUUGGGUAUUGUGUGUAGAUUGAUGAGGAAAAUAAUUGAUUUAAUCCAUUUUAGAAUAAGGCUGUAACGUAAUAAAAUGUGGAAAAAGGAAAGGGUCUGAAUACUUUCUGAAUGCACUGUAACUCUUCCUGAAUAACGCCCAUCAUUCACCUUUUAUGGUGACAAUAAUGCUGUUAUUUGCUGUAUACUUUGGAAGUAUUGGAAUUAGGCCAAGACAGUAUAUCUAAAGGAAUUAUCAAUGGUGAACUUGAUCAAAUGUCUUUGGCGGUGUUGGCAGAUUUGCUGUAUCUGACAGUUUCAAAUUGUUGUGGACCUCUAAACAGAUCGUUUGAAUUCAAUAAUGUUUUGUAUUUACUUUCUCACAAACCUAAAUUUCCUGCAUUGCCCGUGAAUUCUGAAACAUUGUCUACUCUGAAAAAAAUGAAAACGGCAGUAGGCCUACUUACAGUGGUAGCCUACACACUUCAGUGCAAAAGAUCAACUGUCUGUUCACCUGUUAAAUUCUACUGUAUGUUAUAAACCGCGCUCCCUUUGUGACGCAUAGAGCAAAAACUUGAAAUUAUAAUAAUCUAAUAGGCCCAAUUAAAUGAGAGAUGUGCAUAGUAAUUUGUUGGAUGGCUAAUUUGGGAAUAUGAACUCAUCAUGGCUAAAAAUGGUGGAAUGGGUAUGAUAUAUGUAUUAUGUUUAUAAAUGAAAUAGUGUCUAGGCUACUUGAGAAAUUUGACAGUACAGUUUUCAGACGUAGCCUACAAACGUCAAUAGAAAAGGUGAACAGUCUGUUCAACCGUUUAUCUGUACAUCGGAUCGCAUAGAAAAGUAGCCUAUCCUAACUUGUUGUAGGCCUAUAAGCUAUUUUGUGAGUUUGAAACCAUCACAGUCAGAAAAUGUGAGGAAUUUAUUCUGCAAUGAUCAUGGAAAUGAAAUAAAUAAUUGGAAAUAGAUUUCUAAUUAUUUUAGAAUGCAAAGAUAAAAGAAAUCUUCUCACUAACAGCAAAUGAUUGCAUCUUAUUAUAUUUAGCUACCUGUUAUUUGCACAAGGCUACUUUUGCCUUCUUACAAUGCAAUACUUCAACGAUUAGAAACUAUCCGUACGCAUGGUCUAAAGGUGGCGGGAGGAUAAGCACAUUCUCAUGUCAAGUUCAGUUUUUAUAUAGAUAACUAAUGCGUGAACUGGCGCACACAUGUUUUGAAGCAUAUUUUGUGUUUGCGCAGUGUUUAUAAACAAGGCCCCCUUUUUGCAUAUAUUAAUUAACAUAAAAGGGUGGAACAGGGCUGCAACCACAACACUUGCUCCAUCUACCUUACCUGCGCUGUCUAGACUGGCUCAUUAAUUACUGUUGUCACGUUCUCUUGCAUAAUUCAACAAGUGUGUCAAUCGCAGGAUACCCUCGGAUUAAAAAUCAACAGGCUCUAGAUUAUAUCUAUCUAAGCAGACUUAACAUUGUUUGCGAGAUCAAACAUAAUAUCACAAUAAUCCAUGUUUAUUUUCAGAAGUUGCUUUCAAAAUUAAAGCAAUCAAUCCAGUGAGAUUUAAGUGACAAGUGGAUUUUGCACCCCUCAAACACAGGAAAUACAGUUGAAGUCGGAAGUUUACAUACACUUAGGUUGGAGUCAUUAAAACUGGUUUACAGACAGAUUAUUUCACUUAUAAUUCACUGUAUCACAAUUCCAGUGCGUCAGAAGUUUACAUACACUAAAUUGACUGUGCCUAAAACUCAGUGCCUCUUUGCUUGACAUCAUGGGAAAAUCAAAAUAAAUCAGCUAAAAAUGGUAGACCUCCACAAGUCUGGUUCAUCCUUGGAAGCAAUUUCCAAAUGCCUGAAGGUACCACGUUCAUCUGUACAAACAAUAGUACGCAAGUAUAAACAUCGUGGGACCAAGCAGCCGUCAUACCGCUCAGGAAGAAGACGCGUUCUGUCUCCUAGAGAUUAACGUACUUUGGUGCGAAAAGUGCAAAUCAAUCCCAGAACAACAGCAAAGGACCUUGUGCAGAUUCUGGAGGAAACAGGUACAAAAGUAUCUAUAUCCACAGUAAAACAAGUCCUAUAUCGACCUAACCUGAAAGGCUGCUCAGCAAGGAAGAAGCCACUGCUCCAAAACCGCCAUAAAAAAGCCAGACUACGGUUUACAACUGCACAUGGGGACAAAGAUCGUACUUUUUGGAGAAAUGUCCUCUGGUCUGAUGAAACAAAAAUAGAACUGUUUGGCCAUAAUGACCAUCGUUAUGUUUGGAGGAAAAAGGGGGCUGCUUGCAAGCCGAUGAAUACCAUCCCAACCGUGAAGCACGGAGGUGGCAGCAUCAUGCUGUGGGGGUCCUUUGCUGCAGGAGGGACUGGUGCACUUCACAAAAUAGAUGGCAUCAUGAGGAAGGAAAAUGAUGUGGCUAUUUGAAGCAACAUCUCAAGACAUCAGUCAGGAAGUUAAAGCUUGGUCGCAAAUGGGUCUUCCAAAUGGACAAUGACCCCAAGCAUACUUCCAAAGUUGUGGCAAAAUGGCUUAAGGACAACAAAGUCAAGGUAUUGGAGUGGCCAUCACAAAGCCCUGACCUCAAUCCUAUAGAACAUUUGUGGGCAGAACUGAAAAAGCGUGUGCGAGCAAGGAGGCCUACAAACCAGACUCAGUUACACCAGCUCUGUCAGGAGGAAUGGGCAAUGCUACCAAAUACUAAUUGAGUGUAUGUAAACUUCUGACCCACUGGGAAUGUGAUGAAAGAAAUAAAAGCUGAAAUAAAUAAUUCUCUCUACUAUUAUUCUGACAUUUUCACAUUCUUAAAAUAAAGUGGUGAUCCUAACUGACCUAAGACAGGGAAUAUUUACUAGGAAUAAAUGUCAGGAAUUGUGAAAAACUGAGUUUAAAUGUAUUUGGCUAAGGUGUAUGUAAACUUCCGACUUCAACUGUAUAUGGUUGAAAAAUACAUCCUCAGAUGGGCGGGGCAUGCUCGCUGCUAGGGUACAUUUGGAUAAAUCACUUUGAAAGAGCUACAUACCAGCAGAAACAUUGCAGUUUUUUUAUGAUCAUGUGUGUGACUGCAUGUGUGAUUUGUGUUAGAUGUGUUGGACAAUCAUGAAGAUUGUGAUGACAAGCCUGAUAGGAAAAGGCCAAGGGUGGACCACAGCGCCCAGGAUGCAUCUCUAAAGGUAGGUUACUCGUGCACUACGUCGGGGUAUAUUGGAUACGAUAUGCACUUCUAAGCUGAGUCAGUCAUGUGAGCAUGUCAGUUUGUUUUUCAUAUGAAAAUAUAUCAUAAAUUGCAUUUAUAUAUUGUUACGUUCCCCAACAAGAACAAAAAAAAACAUAGCUCAACAGAAAUAGGGAACAAAAAAAUGAGCCACUGACAACCAGUACGAAACAGGUGGGAUUUUAAAAUGGGUUCUGAAAGGCAUCCAUUGGGGUGCCUACUGACUGGGUGCUGGCCAAGCAAGCUCAGGUAGGGUCUUAACACCCAACAUGGACGCCCAUGAGAUUUGCCUGAUAACAGAGAAGCUAAAGAAAAGAACCCAUACCAACUUAGGUUAGGAAGUGAAAAUAAACAUGAAGCCAACCAAAAAAUGGAGACACAAAAUAUAAGGCUUUGUAUUCACAAGCUUAAAGGGAGCGCUAAACAGCGGUCUAGCUCUUCCAACCUCUCUCAUGCCGACUGGAACACUGGGCCAGCCGCUCUUAAAUAUAACCUGUGCCAGCACAGGUGAAACUAACGAGGCGACAGGUGCAAUAUAUCCUGACCAAUGAGGAUGAUUCCAAUCAGUGCGCGUCCCCACCUAAAUAGAACCAACCUCAAAAACAAAAAACAAGUUAUCAAAUGUACCGCAGAAAUGGAAGGUAAGUCACAGAAAAUAGAUGUUGUGAUGCCAGCUACAGAGAAGUACUUGGAUUACGAGAUUUUACUGCAGAAGCGUUACAUAUAGGGGGUGUUGAAUGGUAUUGUUCUGUCCUCCCAGGAUGUCGGCCUGGGGUAGGAUUAGACAGUGUUAAUGUAGUGCAAUGGAGUGGUGUCUUUUAAAUGGGUUAAUAUUUGGUAGGGUAUUUUUUUAAUUUUAUAUCACCAAGUAUAAUGGAUUGUACAGUAGGUGGCAGCAUGCACCUCUAAUGUUUGUUUGCGGACCGCCAUAAUACUAUAGAAGAACGGAAACCAAAGCCUGUAAGAAUAGGUCUACUUUAGUGCUUAGACUCUAAGCUCAUUGUAAAGAGGGGCAUUUACUUCAUCAACCACCAAUGUGUAACAUGCAUUUACACACACACAAUUCACUUUCUCUGCCUCGUUCCCUCUUCCUCUCUCCAGACCUUGUUGUACUCCAUCAGCCAGACGAUCUGCCAGCGUUUGGACAACAUGGAGGCCAAGUUGCAGGUGGUGGAGGUGACGUGCCGGGCCCUGGAGAAGAAGCUGGACGCCGUGGUCAACAAGAACCAGGCACCCAUCCAGGUCCCUAUGGUGGCCGGCUCCCCUCUGGGGGCCACCCAGACCUGGAACAAAGUGCGCUGGUGAGUUAAAGUGUGGACCUGGGUCCAUAUUCAUUAGGGUAUAUCGUAGCAGGCCAUUUUGCAACGGCAAACAAAAACGAGAGUUUCUUAUUGGACAUGUUCAGAUUUUCUUUCCUGUCUCAGUCUGUUUUUGUCCGGUGCCUAAUGAAUACAACCUGGUUAGGACUGGGGAUCAUGGUGGGAUAAAAUGCUUGGACUGGGACUGGUCAGGGUGAGAUGAGGACUUGGAGACAAAGGGUGGUACACUGGGGGACAUUGACACUGGUUGACUUGUACUUUAUGAGGGAGUACUCAUUCUCUUACAAGUGAGUGCUCAAGUAGAAUGCGCCUAUUCCCAUGAACACAAUUUGACACUGGAGCCUGUUGAGGUAUUUGACACAGAAGAAUUCCCCGUCUGCCCCUGCAGUGUUGUUCCACAGACCAAUGUGAUAGUGAGCCAAGACCGACUGAAGGGUCAGGAGGAGUCAGUAACUCGAGGGGCAGAUUCACUGGAGAACCUCCUUAGCAAGUGAGUGACUGACACCUGUUUUUUUUCUGCCAUCAUGCAGAAUGUAGAAUCGCAUAAAGAACAAACAAUGUUGUGCAUGAAACUGUGAUCCCCACUAAAGUUUGAUCUACACAGAACCGUCAUAACACAAUGGUACUCAGAACCCUGCAGAGUUUAGUGGCUCAAACAGAACACAAUGGAACACAGUUUGGCUCGGCCCAUGGGUCCCUGUGUUGAUACCUCGCUCUAACUAAGCCUCUGUGUGUGUUCCAUCAGCACGGUGGGUGGGCGGAGGCAGAACACGUUCCUGGUGAAGGUGCCGGCGCCGGAGGACAGCCAGGAGGAACAGGAGAGCGGCUCGGAGGCUAGCGACUCGGUGUCCAACAGUGGCCAUGGCCAACAACGCCCAGAGCACCCAGAACGUCACCCUCAUCACCCUCAACUCCGAGGGUACGGCCCUGUCGGAACACACAACACACUCAUGCACAGACACACACACACACACUCACGAACACACCUACACAGAAACCCAUAAAUACACACACACAGAGAAACCCAGAAACACAAACGUGUCCCAAACAUGGUUUGAAGUGUGAAUUGUAAAGAAAAAGCAACUUGAACUAUUUAGCCCUGUCACCAUUUUGUGAAUUGGGCUGGAGUCUUCUCAGUGAGACAGAUGGAUCAACAGAUUUGAAUUCAAAUGCAGCUGGAAUUUGAUUUGUGGAUGUGACGUAUGUUGCCUGGCACUUCUUCCUUAACGCCCAAAUACUACCACCUGUGUUGGUGUAUAAUGGUGCUGUGUUGAAGUUUCAGUCUGUAUCAUUACCAGCUUAGACAUCUGUGGUAGCUAGUGUCUCACUCUGACUGUUUUGAAGUCUUCUAGGAUGGUCUCACUCUGUCGAGACUCAACGGCUUUCCCAGUGGUCACUUACAAGCCUGAGGAGAGGACAUGUUUUUCUGAUUGAGCAAAGUCUCACUCUGCAGCUCAUGCUGUUGUUUUUGUUUGUGCAGUUUUUCGUGGUUUCUGGAGUUCCUUGGUUAGCUUCAAAGACGUUCCACGGACACAUAUUCAUUUAUUUGCAGCUGCAAGUUUCCAUGGCGACGUGUCUUUGUCAGUGUUAGCCGGAGGGCACCAUGUGGUUUUCAAAAAGGAAUCGUGUGUGCCUGCCUGGGUGGGUGCGUGCGAUAUCCUUCCACUUCCCUGCAUCUUACUCUCUUUAUCAAUUUCACUGUCAGCUGUCUGUCUCUCCACACCUCUUCAUAGAGAGGUCUCUGGUUACUACUCUUGAUAGAUAGAUAUACAGUGAGUGUACAAAACAUUAAGAACACCUUCCUAAUAUUGCACCCCCCCUUUGCCCUCAGAACAGCCUCAAUUCGUUGGGGCAUGGACUCUACAAGGUGUUGAAAGCAUUCCACAGUUGUGUCAAGUUGGCUGGAUGUCCUUUGGGUGGUGGACCAUUCUUGAAACACACGGGAAACUAUUGAGCGUAAAAAACCCAGCAGCGUUGCAGUUCUUGACACAAACCCGUGCGCCUGGCACCUACUACCAUACCUCGUUCAAAGGCACUUAAAUCUUGUCUUGCCCAUUCACCCUCUGAAUGGCACAUUUACACAAUCCAUGUCUCAAUUGUCGCAAAAUCCUUCUUUAACCUGUCUCCUCCCCUUCAUCUACACUGAUUUUGAAGUGGAUUUAACAAGUGACAUCAAUAAGGGAUCAUAGCUUUCACCUGGUCAGUCUGUCAUGGAUAGAGCAUAAUGUUUUUUACUCUCUGUGUAGAUAGAUAUAGCUAUCCUAUACGAAGUGUGUUGUUCCUUGUUGAACUCUGUAAUGCCCCAGGGAGAUGUCAUCCUAUUGUUAGAGAAUGUCACAACACUCAUAAUAACCUCUAGGACUGUGUUGGUGUACUCCUGAUGGUCGCCACAAGGCUGUGCUGUGGUAUCAGCACUAGCAGAGAUUGGGAAGGUGUAAGCCUAUCUUUUUAAUAAUAUGCCAUUUAGCAGACGCUUUUAUCCAAAGCGACUUACAGUCAUGCGUGCAUACAUUUUUGUGUAUGGGUGGUCCCGGGGAUCGAACCCACUACCUUGGCGUUACAAGCGCCGUGCUCUGUCAUAUUUUUGUUAGCGGGGUUACAGGUACAUUAUUGUCAAUUUACACACUUUAUACCUCAUGUAUCUGUAGGCUGCCACAAAAAAUCCACUAAUUUGAAUGGGUGUCCACAUACUUUUGUGUAUAUAUAGUGUAUGACAGACUGGAAGCAGCACAGGGUCACCUGCAGAGCAGUUUUGGGGGUUAUACCUUUACCACUGUACUCACUCACCCACCCACUUAACUCCCCCUUUCACCGCUCUUUAUAGACGACUACCCAGCAGGUACGUGGCUUGGUGACGAGAAUAAUGCAGAGAUGCGCGUGCGCUGCCCUGUGUUGCCGGGCGACAUGCUCCACAUUAGCACCAACUGCCGCACGGCGGAGAAGAUGGCGCUGACGCUGCUGGACUACCUUUUCCACCGCGAGGUGCAGGCCAUGUCCAACCUGUCAGGCCAGGGCAAGCACGGCAAGAAGCAGCUGGACCCACUCAUGAUCUACGGCAUACGCUGUGAGUCGCGCACACCAACUCACUCACUCACUCACACACACUUGACAUGCCAUUGACUAUUUGACCAACUGCCAUUGACAAACUGACCAUCUCAUCCCCUGCCAUUGACCAACUGACCAAUCUUUCCCCAUAGAUGUAUCAUAGGCAGGGUUCAAUCACUUCACCCUUUAGCACUUAGGUUACCCUUUGACCCUGUCACAACGGCCACACCCUCAACUCCAAAUGCUCCCGUUGUAGUGUAGCUCCAGUUCCAUCCAGUGAGCACAGACCUGAAUCUCUCUGCAUUCCCCAGGCAGGUUAGAACAACACACAUUCAUCAUGGAACACAUGCAUUCAUGCGUAACACAUUUUACAACAUACCAAACUCCAAAUGACAAGCACAUGUAAGUCUGAGUGUUCAUGAUGGGGCCGUAGCUAAUGCGCUGACCCCUUUGAUUCCUAAUUAAGCUUAAAUGUCUGGUGAGGGGAGCCAGGGGAGAGGAGGGGAGCCAGGGGAGAGGAGGGGAGCCAGGGGAGAGGAGGGGAGCCAGGGGAGAGGAGGGGAGCCAGGGGAGAGGAGGGGAGCCAGGGGAGGGUGGCUGUGGUAGAGGAGUAUUUAUUGGGAGUAGUCUCGUGUGUUGUGUGGUGAGGGAGUUGCACAGGGAGUGGGCUCUGUCACCCCACAUCUAUUACUCUCUGUUGAUCGCAGGUGCCGUGCAGGAGUGGCAGAGUGUGUGUGCACUUGGCUUGUGUGAUGCAGGUGUUUUGUGUGUCUUUGUGUAAUUCAGGUGUGUGUGUUUAUGCAAUUCAGGUAUGGUGUGUGUGUGGAGACAGAUUUGGGCUGAUACAGGUAUGUGGGGGCUGGAGCAGGACCAGGUGACUUGCUCACAGUAGGCAGGUUUCCAUUGACCCAGGUUUAUUCGACAAAAUCUUUGCAUGUGUAAUGGAAACGGCAUAUAAAGGAGAAAUGUUCUGAAAAUCGACAACAUUUUGUAUCCGUUCGACAGGAGUGGAUAUUUCUGUCGACAAACUUUCUCUAUUGCGAUAAAUUAUGAUGGAAACUGUGUUUUUCGAUUUAAAUGAUUGCCAAAUCAUUUUGAAGGUACGCAGGGCACGUGAUGUCACCGCGUAACUAUAAAGCUCCACUCAACAUUUAAUUCUAAAUGCCUACUACAUGCAAAAUCAAAUUUUUUUUUACUAUAAAAAUGUUUCUUUGCAGGACGAAGAUUGUCCUGACUUUCAAGAAUGCCUGAAUUGCUUCACCUUGCUUUUCUGGUUGGCUGGCAAGUUUAACCAUCCAAUUAUUUCAGAUCUACAGGAGUGCAAGUUUCACUAUGGCACAGACCGUGAUGAUACUUUGGCACAUGAGAAUUGUUAGAAUAUGGCAAAUUUUAAUUAUUGCAUUCUAUCCAUGCUGGCUUUCGCCGGCUACCUGAGACAUGAAACAGAUAGGUGGGAGGGCAUACAGGCUGUCGCCAAUUUAUUAAUGCGCAAUUUGCCUAAAUGGGUAACACUUCAACCACUACAUUUUUAUUAGACACUAGGUUUUUACGAUAUUUUUUAUUUGUCAUUACGUUCAGCUAUUUUUAUCGCACGAUAGUUAAAUGGAAACGCACUCUAGCAGGCAAUUGUCACAUCUAUUUUCUAUGCAAACUUUCUAAAUGUCGACCAAAAAUCACUGGACAAGUUAAUGGGAACAUAGCUACUGACUCUGCCUGCCUGUCCAACUGGGACUGGUGAGAGAGCACCUGCCUUGCCUGCCUGUACACGACCGUCAGGUGUUGGUGUGUGUGCUAGAGGCCAACUCCCUCUACGUCCCCCUUCCCCCUCCCCGUGUCUCAACUCCUCCCCUCGGGCGACAGCAGCCUCAUUAAUCGGGUUCGAAAGAAGCUGUCAACUCCUCCGUCUCACCCUCAAACCAGCUGCUAACAUAACCGCACCCUCUCACAUGUUAUAUAUCCACCUACAUGGUAUAGUCCCCAGUGUCGGAGAUUGGGAUGAUAUGAGGUGCUAUCAGUGUACCUGACCACCUGUACCUUGACCACCAGAUUUAGAAUCUAGCUAGAGUUUUCAGUGCUUCUGACAUUUUGACAGCUCAGGCAGAGUUGCAUUGAUAGUGGGACAAGGUUGCACUGUACAAACUACACACAGAGACUUGGCAUGAACUGCUGUCCAUAUUAAGCAAUUCAUAUGACUAUUUCUACCUUGUCAUGGUGAGUUAACCAUCUUAAACUGAAGUCAUCCUAACAUGGUUAAAUGAAAUGACCCUGAACUCCUGUGCCCUCGGUCAUUGUUCCCCUCAGGUCACUUGUUUUAUAAGUUUGGCAUCACUGAGUCAGACUGGUACCGGAUCAAGCAGAGCAUCGACUCCAAGUGUCGCACGGCAUGGAGACGCAAGCAGCGCGGCCAGAGUCUGGCGGUCAAGAGCUUCUCCAGACGUAGCACCAACACACCGGGCAGCUCAGGUAGGCAGGAUACUUGGGGUCAUCGCACGCACACACACUUUAUAGUAAAAAUAGUAUUUCCUCUCACUUAUGUAAGUGUAUAUAAGGAACCCAGUGAGUAGUGCAGAUGCAGAGUGUAGCAGAUGGUUCUAAUCUUCACAACACAACAACGCCUCCUGUCCUCCCCUCCCUAUGAUCCAUCACCUCUCACCCCUGACCAGCGAGAGUGGGACAGCAGGGGAAACCCAAAUAUCCUGUGAGCCCACACCAGGGGUGUACGCUGUACAGUCACAGCCCGCUCUCCUCCCAGGCCACACACGCACACAGAGCAAGUUCUCUUACACUCCGCUUAAUAAAACUGCUUCAACAUUAAACUAACUUUAAACAGUUAUUUGUUAAUGAAUGUGGAGAGUGAGCUAACACCAAAAGUACAGUCUCCUCGAGCCACCUGGCUCUCGCCUCACUGCCAAUGGCUGUGCUGGGGAUUAUUUACACACUACAGUACAUGGGUUGUGUCCCAGAUGGCACCCUAUUCCCUAUAUAGUGCACUACUUUUGACCAAGGCCCACAAGUCUCUGGUCAAAUGUAGUGCACUAUAUAGGGUUAAGGGUGCCAUUUGGAAGACACCCGUGGUCAUGCUGAAGGUUGGAAGAUGGACCUCUUACUGGCAGUAUAUACAAAACAUAGCUAUGAUAUGAGCUGUACCAAUCAGAUAUCUGUGCCCCGUGUUUUUUAUACCAUGAUAUUAUUAUUUUGAGUACGAGUCCUUUAGGCCUGCUUUGUCACAUCCGUGUGGUGGGAAUUCCUCAAUGUAGGCCUACAUCAAUCUAGCAACAAAAACCCAUAUUCUCAUAGUGAGCACGCACACACCAGUGUAAAAUAAUCACACACACCCCCAAUGAGAUAGUAGAUGGAGCUAUGGUGGGCUGAUGGGGGACGUGGAUGUGCUAGUGGUGGGUGUUUGGCUGCUGGGUCAUGAGUGUGUUUGGACUGCUAGCUUGAGAGUCCUUGUUGUGUAUUUAGACAUGAUUGAUACAGUAUAAACACACACCAUCAUCCAGCAGAUGGCCUGAGCUGUUGCCAAGUAUUCCUCUAGAGGUGAAUGGGCUUUUAUUUCAGCCUCCCCCUUCCACCUAAUGGAUCUGGGGGAGUCGGUCAAUAAUCUGUUCCUAGAUCUGUAGCUCAGCUGGUAGAGCACGGCGCUUGUAACGCCAAGGUAGUGGGUUCGAUCCCCGGGACCACCCAUACAUAAAAAUGUAUGCACGCACGACUGUAAGUCGCUUUGGAUAAAAGCGUCUGCUAAAUGGCUUAUUAUUAUUAUUAUUAGAUCUGUGUCUAAGCUGGGUAACUUCUAUCCAGAGUAUAUUUUCUACCACAUCUUACUGCAUCCUACUGUUAACUCUAUUGCGUUACACUAGUGCCUCAUCCUGCCCUGUGCUCAUGCCCCUCCUCCCCAGAGGGUGGCGCUGUGGCGGAGGCGGCUCACAUGGAGGGAGUGGCCCAGCAGACUCUACACUACACCCUGGCCAACCAGGCUGUCCAACAGGUCCAGAUCCACCGCAUAGGAGAGGACGGACAGGUCCAAGUGGUGAAUGUCACCGUCUCCCCCCACUGUCUGCGUCUCCUCUCUCCUUCCUGCCCCACUGCCCUGAUUUCUCUCUGUUCAUCUCUCUAUCUCAUCCUCUUUUGCUUCCCUCUCAUUCUCUUACCUGCCCUGUUUCUCUCUCUGGCUUACUCCCCCCCCCCCCCCCCCCCUUCUAUCAUUUUUGUUUCUCCUCUUGUGAUCUCUCUUCUAUUUCUCUCUGUCGCUCUUUUCUCUUCUCUUUUUCCCCUCUUUUCUUUUGCACUCCCCAUCUCUCUGCCUUCGGUCUCGGUUCUUCUCUCCACAAACCCCUGUGCGCGCGCACACACACACACACACACACACCUUUCCUCCAGUUCCUUAGUCAUCCAAAGGUCCCAGAUUGAGUCUCUUAUCUAUGUUGUAUGGGGGUUAGAUCAUCUCACCCUUCUACACCAAGACUGUGUACAAUGCUCCACAGGAAGACGGUGUGUCAGUAUAGCAGAGUUCCAUCAUGCAUAGAGAUUGGAUGACCUUAUACAGAGGUCACACUCAGGUCCACUGCAUCACUAUGGGUGUGUGGGCCAACAGGAAGUAAAAAAUAUAAUAUAUUUUUUAAAGAGCAGCAGUAAAAUAACAGUAGCGAGGCUAUACACAGGGGGUGCCGGUACAGGUUAGUCGAGGUAAUAUGUACAUGUAGGUACAGUUAAAGUUACUAUGCAUAGAUAAUAAACAGAGAGUACUGCACCAUAAAAGAGGGGGUGGAUGGGGGUGACGACGACAAUGCAAAUAGUCCGGGUAGCCAUUUGAUUAGCUGUUCAGGAGUCAUAUGGUUUGGGGGUAGAAGCUGUGAAGAAGCCUUUUAGACCAAGACUUGGCGCUCCGGUACCGCUUGCCAUGCGGAGAGAACAGUCUAUGACUAGGGUGGCUGGAGUCUUUGACCAUUUUUAGGGCCUUCUUCUGACACCGCCUGGUAUAGAGGUCCUGUAUGGCAGGAAGCUUGGCCCCAGUGAUGUACUGGGCCGUUUGCACUACCCUCUGUAGUGCCUUGCGGUCGGAGGCGGAGCAGUUGCCAUUCCAGGUGGUGAUGCAACCAGUCAGGAUGCUCUCGAUGGUGCAGCUGUAGAACUUUUUGAGGAUCCAUACCAAAUCUUUUCAGUCUCUUGAGUGGGAAUAGACUUUGUCGUGCCCUCUUCACGACUGUCUUGGUGUGUUUGGACCAUGAUAGUUUGUUGGUGAUGUGGACACCAAGGAACUUGAAGCUCUCAACCUGCUCCGCUACAGCCCCGUCGAUGAGAAUGGGGGUGUGCUCGGUCCUCCUUUUCCUGUAGUCCACAAUCAUCUCCUUUGUCUUGAUCAUGUUGAUGGAGAGGUUGUUAUCCUGGCACUAUGGUGUUGAAUGCUGAGCUGUAGUAAAUGAAUAGCAUUCUCACGUAGGUGUUCCUUUUGUCCAGGUGGGAAAGGGCAGUGUGGAGUGCAAUAGAGAGUGCAUCAUCUGUGGAUCUUUUGGGGCGGUAUGCAAAUUGUAGUGGGUCUAGGGUUUUUGGGAUAAUGGUGUUGUGAGCCAUGACCAGCCUUUCAAAGCACUUCAUGGCUACAGACGUGAGUGCUACGGGUCUGUAGUCAUUUAGGCAGGUUACCUUGGUGUUCUUGGGCACAGGGACUAUGGUGGUCUGCUUGAAACAUGUUGGUAUUACAGACUCAGUCAGGGACAGGUUGAAAAUGUCAGUGAAGACACUUGCCAGUUGGUCAGCGCAUGCUCGGAGUACACGUCAUGGUAAUCCGUCUGGACCUGCGGCCUUGUGAAUGUUGACCUGUUUAAAGGUCUUACUCACAUCGGCUACAGACAGCGUGAUCACACAGUUGUCCGGAACAGCUGACGCUCUCAUGCAUGCUUCAGUGUUGCUUGCCUCGAAGCGAGCAUAGAAGUAAUUUAACUCAUCUGGUAGGCUUGUGUCACUGGGCAACUCGCAGCUGUGCUUCCCUUUGUAGUCUUUAAUAGUUUGCCACAUCCGACGAGCGUCGGAGCCGAUGUAGUACGAUUCAAUCUUAGUCCUGUAUUGACGCUUUGCCUGUUUGAUGGUUCGUCGGAGGGCAUAGUGGGAUUUCAUAUAAGUGUCCGGGUUGGAGUCCUGCUCCUUGAAAGCGGCAGCUGUACCCUUUAGCUCAGGGCGGAUGUUGCCUGUAAUCCAUGGCUUCUGGUUGGGGUAUGUAUAUACGGUCACUCUGGGGACAACGUCAUCGAUGCACUUAUUGAUGAAGCCAGUGAUUGAUGUGGUGUACUCCUCAAUGCCAUCGGAAGAAUCCCGGAACAUAUUCCAGUCUGUGCUAGCAAAACAGUCCUGUAACUUAGCAUCUGCGUCAUCUGACCACUUCUUUAUUGACCGAGUCACUGGUGCUUCCUGCUUUAGUUUUUGCUUGUAAGCAGGAAUCAGGAGGGUAGAAUUAUGGUCAGAUUUGCCAAAUGGAGGGCGAGGGAGAGCUUUGUAUGCGUCUCUGUGUGUGGAGUAAAGGUGUUCUAGAGUUUUUUUUUCCUCUGGUUGCACAUUUAACAUGGUGGUAGAAAUUAGCUUGAUAGCCUGAGUGCCAGUCUGUCUGUGCUUUCAUGGCAACUCUGUGUCAGUUAUUGCCAUGCCAAAUUGAGGGGGAAAAUAAUGUUUAUAAACAUUAUUUGAAGAUUGCUGUGACGCCAGUAAGACUGUUUUGGCUUGACAAUGACAGCAAAAGAAUUGGCAAGAGCACAAACCAAUCUGGGAUCAGGCUAGCAGCUUGACUCUGUUGUAAAUGUUUAGACGUGGUGAAGAGGCAGAGAGCGUUAUGGGAAAUGCUGCUAAUAUUAUAAUCUAUGUUAGGUCAGAGUGUGCUGAUGCUGGCCGUGCCCCACGCAGACUAAAACGCUUUCUCAAAAGUCCGGAACCGGUUUCAAAAAAGGUUACUAUUUAUUUGGGAGAAGUAUAGUUGUGCAUACAACGACAGGCUAAGCGCAGGCUAAGGCCAGAAUUCCACCCUUGCGGACUAUUAAAAAGUAAACAAUCAUUAUUUGUGAUAAAAUUGAAAUGUUUAGUUUUGUGUUCAUCUCUGUUGACCCAGAACUAAAAUCUUGCGUAAUUUGGUCAGAUGCUAGUCUGUCCAUGAGAGAUUUGUUUUGGGUUAAUAUCCAAUGAAAAUGCAAUAUUAUCAUGUAGAAAAAUGACAUUUUCAAGUGAUCUUCCUGGUUAACUCCUAUUUAAAAAAAGAAUAAUCUGUUAUCGAUAGUGCAGGGUUAUUAAAGUCUGACAUUAUCCCGGAAAGAGAGUGGGAGGGAGAAGGAAGGAACUGGGUGGAGAAGGAGGGAUGAGAAGGAAAAGGUAUUAGUGAGUAGACCUGGGUUAAACUAUUUGAAAUAAUUGAUUGAGCUUGCCUGGCUUAAUGGACCAAUGUAGUAUUCCUGAAACCCGUAUGUGUUAACGGUGCCACACACACAUUGUGAGUUCUUGUUCUCUCUCACUUUCUCUCUUCGCUCUCUCCAUUAUCAGAUCCCUCAGGGACAUCUCCAUAUUGCCCAGGUGCCACAGGGGGAAGAGGUGCAGAUCACACAGGACAGUGAGGUAAGUGUUUAUUUCUGUCAGCCUGUCUGUCUAUCCGGGUAUCCCAGUGAGUGACUGAGGGCACUUUAAUAGCCAGUAUUAAAGUCAUUAGGCAGAGUUCACCGUCAACAGAUGUUAAAUGUUAACAGUGCUUGUUUAAAUCUACCGCCUGCCUAUGCAUGGGUUAUUAUACUAUUUGUUUCCAAAUAAUACCCAGAUUGCCCAUGUCUCUCACCAGACAGCCUCACAUGCACACAAUGGCUUGGCUCUUUGAGAAUCUGACCCAAAACCACAGUGUCUGAGAAAUAGUUAUCUGCAUCAGCAUUAUAGUUAAACAUUUGUAAUAAUAUGUGGGGUAGAUAUUUAUUUUGAGGCGACAUUCUACGCGCACACACACACACUUGAGUAGAUGUAUACAUACACAUACUUGAAAAUAUACACAUGCACACAUACUUGCAACCAUCGUGUGUACACAAACAAACACCUGCACUCAUGCAAAUAGGGCUGACACACCGACCAGGUAUUCUACGGAGGUUCCUAACAUAUACAACCAAGACACAGGGAGAAAGAAAGUUUGAGAGAGACUGAGGAAGAAAAGCUCUAAAAGCCUUUCCUGCUCUUUGUGAUCGGACGCCAGAAUUUUAUUUUUUUCACUCAAUGAUUUUGUUUGUUUUGGGAGUUCAAAGCAUAGCAACAAAAUCCCACUUCUCCCAACUGUCACUCAGUGUGUUUUCAUUAGGAACAGGGCCCUCCUCAUCAAAGCCAUUGGUUUCAGCAUGUUGGAAAAGGAAAUAAAGCUAUUUGGGAGGGAUUACCAUGCUGCCUGUCCAUAUGGCAGCUCCGACAGCGUUAAAUAUGAAAUACAAUUAGGAGUGAAAACAGCACAGAGGGAAUAUAGCUAAAUUGGGCUUGUUUUUCAUGUGGUCUUGUUAAUGUCAUGGUCUCUGUGUGAUUUGUUUAUGCUGUGUGAGUGAAUGAUGCUGUGAUCGGUAUGCUUAUUAUACAGCAUGAUUAGUGUGUGUUUACAAAAUGUGUGUGAGACUGAUGCACUCAGGCUGUCUGAAUGAUCCCUCUCUUCUCUCUUUCAGGGGAACCUUCAGAUCCACCAGGUGCAUGUUGGGCAGGAUGGACAGGUAAGUCCCUUCACCCCCUGCAGUAACUUUAUCCUUAAGUUUCAUCACGGAAAACACUUUAAAAUGUUUUUGCAACAGAACACGUGAAGUCCAGGUACCUCCUCCGUUUUAGGCCGUUUUCUUCAAUUUGGUGCCUAAUGAACACGACCCAUGGAGGUUUAAGGUUUAAAGUUCCCACAGAUUCUUCAUUAAUUCUGGGUUACCUCAGUGUGCUGUACCCCCUCUUUCCUGCAGACCCCACAAACACACACCGAGAGGAGCUAGCUCUCCAUCCCUGUCUGGUCUGCCUCUCACUCUGGCUCUCUCUCUCUCUGGCUCUUCCUCUCUGGCUUCUAAUCUUUCGUUCCAUUGCUCUUUCUCUGUCUUAUGUGCCUUUCUCACUGUCUGUGUCUCGCAUGCUUUCUCAACUUCCUGUCAGUCUUUCCCCCCACCUCCAUCUAUCCAACCUUCCCUUCUCUCCUCUCUUUGUGGGUAGAGGAGAGGAUGGUGUGUUUAGUACAGAAGGCUCUGUUCUUCCUGUUUCUCUGUUCUUUCCUCUGGGAUCAAAGGGAACCUCCUGAUCAAAGCACCAGGGCUGUGUGACGAUCGCAGAUCAUACAUCACAGAUGGGCGCUGUGCAGACCAGGGCAUUAUUUCAUAUUCAUGAUCUCGAUCGUCUAGAAGCCUGGCCGUAGAGGAAGUGGCUCGCUAUCUUUCUCACGCUCCCUAGAGCGUUUUUCUUUCUGAGGACAGGUGCGUGUGUGCACAGCACCGUCUUUGUGACGUUAACUCUUUCUCAGCUUAUGAGAUCUGCUCUUACUAAACCCAAGCAAUUGUUCAGCCAAUUAGCUCAUCCCUUAUUCCAAGGUGCUGUCAUUAUUUGGAGAGCAGCUAAAGUUAGGUAAGGAACUCCAACAGUCCUGGUAACUCCAAACACCAACUUCUGUCAUUAACACUAGAUCCUGCCACACUGUGUAAACAAACUAUGUAGUGCACUGAAGAGCAGAGUGUGUCUUAGAUCUGUGUCCCUCACAGUGCCAGAGUGUAGCUUGACUAGGGCUGCGUCUCAAAUGGCACCCUAUCCCCUAUAAUAUAGUGCACUACUUUUGACUACAUAGGGAAUUGGGUGCCAUUUGGGACGCACCCUAGCUGUGUAUAGGGACUUAACAAGGCAGGGCCCUAUCCCCCUGGCAGAGCAUGGAAGCCUUGUCCAAUAAAGACCCUCUCUUUUCUUUUCCUCUUAAUGUUAUUAAUAGAUUGCACCUCUGUCACGCCAUUGUUAUGAACCUUCUCAAGCUGAACUCUAUUGGCGGCGCUAUAGUGGUGCCUUAAAGUGGUGCCUUAAGCCCAGUCAUUCUGGACGGAUGCUAACUACUGUUUAGUCUAAAUUAAACUAUAGUGCCUGGAAAUACGAUGACAUUGCUAAAGUAGUCAAAUAUUUAGUAGGAAACAACUUUGCCAGCGUUGUCAGAUUUAUUUUUCACAGAUGGCAAUAUUGCCAUUAACUAGCAACGUUUGUCAAAAAUCGCUAGCAAUGCUAACGUUAGCUAGCUAAAAUCCGGUGGCCUCCCCCCAAUCUUAGCUAGCUAGCUAAUGUUAUACUGCAUCUAAAGCCAAUCUGGUGACGUCAAAAGGUUUUCCUACUAAUUAUUUGCCUCAUUUUGAAUGUCAUUGUAUUUGCAAGCCACUGUAAUGCACUUUUGAUGGAAUCUUCAUCAGCGCCCAUUGACGAAGCAUUGAGUAGAAUGGUCAGUCGGGCAUCAGUCCAAAACGAACAUUCAAAACGAUAUUGUGACGAAACAUGCAGACCAUGAAUAGCUCUUAUUUUUAUUGUGUCUGUAAAAUUAUAUGAGGCCAGCGCCAAAACAAACACACAGUGAAUUAUUCUUCUAACCUUGUGUUCUGGGUCUGGCUUUUCACACACCCACACACACAGAGACAUGGCACACAUGCACAAACAGUGACUCAAUGGCAUCUUCCCUCCUUGCUAGUGUGUUUUCCCAGGGAGUGAGACAAGAAUAGCACUAGCUGACCUGUCAGUUUUGUUCAAAUGAGAGCGUGGUGUUUUUGUGUUUGUGCAAUUGCUCUGAACGUUGAUGCAACCCAGAUCAAAUGAAAGGAAGGACACAGACAUUCUCUCUCUCUCACACACACACACACACACACACGGAAAAGGCACAUAAGAACGGCGCGUGAAGUUGUUUCAUUUGAGUCACUUCUGACUCAUGAGUAACUUCAAAUCAAAGUUUAUUGGUCACAGUUUUGCAGGCGUUAUCGCAGGUGCAGCGAAAUCUUAUGUUUCUAGCUCCAACAGUGCAGCAAUAUCUACCAAUAACAAUACACACCAGUGGAGGCUCCUCAGAGGAGGAAGGGGAGGACCAUCCUCAGUGAAUUUCUGAGAUUUUUGUUUUUUUAUAGUGAAACAUUAGUUACCCUUUUUAGAUAAAACUAUACUAAAUAUAUUAAUGUCACCAAAUAAUUGAUAAAAACACACUGUUUUGUAAUGAAGGUCUACAGUAGCCUCAACAGCACUUUUUGGGGUAGCACCAUGGUGUAGCCAGAGGACAGCUAGUUUCUGUCCUCCUCUGGAUACAUUGACUUCAAUACAAAACCUAGGAGGCUCAUGGUUCUCACCCCUUUCUAUAGACUUACACAAUAAUUAUAACAACUUCCGGAGGACGUCCACCAACCUAUCAGAGCUCAUGCAGCAUGAACUGGCAUGUCCAUCCAAUCAAAGGAUCAGAGAAUGAAUCUAGUACUGAAAGCAUAAGCUACAGGGAGCUAGCACUGCAGUGCAUAAAAUGUAGUGAGUAGUUGACUCCGAGAGAGAAAGACAAUAGUUGAACAUUUUUGAACAAAUUAAUUUCUUCAAAAAUGAAGGAGAAGAGAGCGAGAGCUAACUUUAUUUUGUAUUUUUUUCACUUUCACUUACUUAGCUAGCGAAUGCAGCUAGCUAGUUUAGCCUACUCAAACAUCAGUCUCAAACAGAGAGGGAUGCUAUGUUAGCUAGCUGGCUAUGGCUAGCCAACACUGGAGCUCUUCCAAGUCAAGGUAAGCUUUUGGUUUUAUAAAUGUAUUGCAACCAGGGCCUGCCGGUGUAACUGCUGAACUGCUUACUGACUGUACACUGUACUGCAUUAUUGUAGCAGGUUUACUAACACAUUAGUUUUAGUAUCUAUGUUGACUAGCUAUGACGUUAGUUGAUAUGGUGACAAUGAUGUAGGCUGUGUGUCGAGGUUAUGAUAUGAAGGUUUAGCUUGGAAAGUAUUUUUCGACCUGGUCACAGACUGCUGACGUGUUGUGCACUGAUGUCCACAGUUGGAGGGGAAAAGGUGAGAGGAAGAGAGCGGGCAGAUGCGAGAAGGAAUUAUACAACGAGCAGAUCAUGCUGUUUGUAUGUGGCUUCUAUGAAAGUGAAGUGUGUUUGCAUGUGAACAGGGGUGUUUUCCUUCUGCCGAUUCUGUUGACAAACAUUUCUUAAACGGAAGCAGACAGAAGGAAAUGGGGAUAAAUAUACCUGAAUUUCUCUAAUAGAAACUCUUGUUUGCAACUGUUGGACUGAUGAUUACACCCUAGAUCAGCUAGAUGCAGGCAAGAGUGUGCAAGGCGGUAUUGAAUGUCACGGUCUGUCACUUUGAUUACUCAAAUUUCUCUUGACCUGUGCACCUACAUUGUAAACUUUCAUUCAUAGGCUAGGUGGGUAUAGGGACAAUUUUAGUGUCAUCUAGCAGCCUAAACCUAUAGACGUUACAUUGAGCUGGGUAAAUGGAAUAUGAAAGACAGUCAUCGAAUAUGCUGUAAUAGAAAUAAGGCCAUGUAUAUAAAUAAAAAAUUGUCCUCCCUAAUCUUAAACGGCACUGACCGCCACUGAUACACACAUAUAUGUGAAUGGUGUGUAUGGACAGUUUAAGUGAAGACACUUUUAUAAGUGAAGUCAGAUUUAUCCAAAUAACUCUACUUGAUUGCAUUUCGGAUUGUGUUCUGUUCAUUGGGUGUUGGUAAUGCUCGAACAUGGUGAGAGCACAGCACACAUUGUCAAAAGACCAUAGAGAAAUGUGAUUGUCCAUUUGCAGCAUAUCCAUUUGGGCCUGUGAAUGAAUCUGCUACAAUCUACAAGGCCUGUUUCUGAGUAGGCAGGCUACAGCUACACUUAGCCUGAGUGAGCAGUAUCCCACUGCACUGGAGGAACAAUGACAUCACACAGAGACUAUGCUAGUGUAACUUAUAGCACACUGCUAGAAGACUUCCACAUCUCCACCCUCCCUCCUCUGCUCUCUUAUCUGGGCCUCUACUCCCUCCCUUUCUCCGUCCCUUGUUCUUUUCAUCUCCUUCUGCUAUAGAUAGACUGACCCUGUCAGGCAGAAGCUGGGCGCUUCCCUCUGCACCUCUCACUUCCUCUCCUCACAGCUGCUGACUGCUGCCCUCUGA